AUGUGGCUAUUGAAGCUAAUUGUGGGCUUGGGCCUGUUGCUGUUCGAAAUUGGACUUGGUUUGCAUUUGGGUGGCAAGCGGAGCGAUAUUGAGUCGUGGGAGGGCAGUGAACGGGUUGUGGACGGCAUCAGUCAUCAGGCGAGGUCGAGCAAUGGCAACUUCAAUGGCCACUCGAAUGACAGCAUCGAUAUCAAGGUGUUCGAGCGCAUCCGAGAGCCCAAAAACCAGGCUGGCUCCCUCAAUGAGAGCGACAUCAGCCGAAUGCGUGUUUAUAAUGUGGGCGUUCUAAUGGCCUCCCAUUUGGAUUCGCCCUUUGACCUGGAACGUUGUGGACCUGCCGUGGACCUGGCACUAGAUCAGAUUAACAAGCGCUUCCUCAGUCCGCACAACAUUCGACUGGUCAAGAAGAAGGCAAGCUAUCCGUCUUGCUCGGGCGCCAAGGCACCGGGACUGGCAGCGGAUAUGCAUUUCAAGGACGAUGUCAUUGCGUUUAUAGGACCUGCGUGCGCCUUUGCUCUGGAGCCUGUUGCUCGCCUGGCCGCCUACUGGAAUACACCCAUUAUAACGGGCAUGGGCGAUCAGCCACCUUCAUCCGAGGGCGAACUCACCGUCACCUCCGGCAUGCUGGGCAGAAUACACAAGUGGAAGAACGAGAGCACGGGCAUGUUCAAAGACAAGUCGAAGUACCCAACUUUGACGCGAAUGUCCUACUGCCAGUGCCGGCUCAAGCUGGUCUUUGCCAGCGUCUUUCGCCAGUUCAACUGGAAGCAUGUGGCGCUGCUGGUGGAUCGAUCGGAGCUAUUCUCCUUGACGGUGGGCAAGAAUCUGGAGUACGGGCUGCGACAGGAGGGGCUCUUGAGCUUUGUGCGCGAGCUGAAUGGCAAUGAGGAGGAGAUCUACGAGAACUAUCUCAAGGAUGCCAGCAUGUAUGCGCGUGUUGUCAUAUUGUCGGUUCGCGGAGUCCUCGUACGCAAAUUCAUGUUGGCCGCCCACAGCCUGGGCAUGACAAAUGGCGAGUGGGUGUUCCUGGACGUGGAGAUAUUCCAGAGUGCCUACUGGGGUGACAAGGACUGGGAGCUGGGCGAUGAAAAUGAUAUGCGAGCACGCAAGGCGUACGAGGCGCUGCUGCGCGUCUCCCUGCUGCAGCCGACCAGCCCAACCUUCCAGGACUUUGCGGACAAUGUGCGCGAGAAUGCGCUCACCGAAUACAACUACACCUUCGGCGAGGGCGAGGAGGUGAACUUCUUCAUUGGCGCCUUCUACGAUGGCGUCUACCUGCUCGGCAUGGCCCUCAAUGAAACUCUGACCGAGGGCGGCGACAUCCGAGACGGCGUUAAUAUUACGCGUCGCAUGUGGAACCGAACAUUCCAUGGGAUUACGGGACACGUUCGCAUAGACGACAACGGUGAUCGCGAUGCUGACUAUUCCAUUCUGGAUCUCGAUCCCAUCAACGGCAAAUUCUCUGUUGUGGCACACUAUUACGGCCUUCACAGAAAAUAUGCAGCGGCGCAUGGCAAGAAGAUUCAUUGGCCCGGCGGCCGAGAGGAGCCUCCACCGGAUAUUCCACCCUGCGGCUUUUUGGGCAACGCUCCGGACUGUCAUGGCAAUGAGACCACAAUCAUGUACUCCGUAUUCGGACUAGCUCUGUUUCUGGGUCUUGUGCUGCUGGUUAUCUGUCUGCUGCAAAAACAAAUGAAGCUCAGCAAGGAGCUGCACAAUAUGUCGUGGCGCGUGCGACCCGAGGAUGUGCUUAUCGAAAUGGGUGGCAUGUUUGGCUCCAAGGGCGGGCUGCAGCGCCUGGACGUGGAGAACAUAUCGCUGCAGCAGUUUGGCAUACACUCGGGUCGCGCUUCGAUCGCCAGCUUCGCUUCGCUGCCGCCGCAGGUGUACACAACGAUCGGACAGUUCAAGGGGGAGCGCGUGGCCAUCAAGAAGGUGAACGUGAAGAAGGUGGAGGUCACCUCGACGCUGCUCUGGGAGAUCAAGCAGGCGCGCGACGUGAGCCACGAGAACACGGUGCGCUUUGUGGGCGCCUGCAUCGAUUUGCCCAGGCCAACUGUGCUCAUCCUGACGGAGUACUGUUCGCGAGGCAGCCUGAAGGACGUGCUGGAAAAUGAGGCCAUCGAGCUGGACUGGAACUUUCGCAUGUCUCUGAUACACGACAUUGUCAAGGGCAUGAGCUAUCUGCAUAACUGCGAUGUCGUUGCUCAUGGCAAGCUGCGCUCCUGCAAUUGCCUGAUCGACGGACGCUUCGUCCUGAAGAUCUCCGACUUUGGCCUGAGCACACUGACCACGCCCUCCGACUUUGUGCGCGAUCAGAACUAUUAUACCAAGCUGCUGUGGAUUGCCCCGGAGCUGCUGCCAAUGACAUCGAUUCCCGGCUGCCCGGCCACACAGCGCGGCGAUGUUUAUUCCUUCGGCAUUAUUCUCGAGGAGAUCGUCAAUCGAGGGGGACCCUACCAGGAGGCGCGCCAACAGGGCAUGGACGUGCACACCAUUCUGCACAAGGUGCGCCAGUGCGAGUACCCACCUUUCAGGCCACUCAUUCGGGAGCGAGAGUGUCCCCCGGACCUGCUGGUGUUGAUGGAGAAGUGUUGGGCCGACAACCAGGAGGAGCGACCAGCCUUCUCUACCAUCCGCAGCAACAUCCGCACGAUUAUGAAAGGAUUCUGUGAGAAUCUGAUGGAUGAUCUACUGAAUCGCAUGGAGCACUAUGCCAACAAUUUGGAAAGCCUCGUGGAGGAGAAAACGCGGCAGCUGAGCCUGGAGAAACAACGCACCGAGGAACUCUUAUACCAAAUCCUGCCACGUCCUGUCGCCCAGCAGCUGAUGGCUGGAGAUCUGGUGGAGCCCGAGGAGUUUAGCAGCGUGACCAUCUACUUCAGCGACAUUGUGGGCUUCACUGAGCUCUGCGCCCGUAGCACACCCAUGGAUGUGGUCAACUUCCUCAAUGAUCUCUACAGCACAUUCGAUCGCAUCAUUGGCUUCUAUGAUGUCUACAAAGUGGAGACAAUUGGCGAUGCCUACCUGGUGGUGUCCGGACUGCCAGAGCCCAAUGGCGAUAAGCAUGCUCGAGAGAUUGCGCUGAUGGCCUUGGACAUACUUCAGGCUGUCUGCUCGUUCAAUCUCAGACACAAGCCGGACUAUAAGAUACAGAUACGCAUCGGCAUGCACUCGGGCUCUGUGUGCGCCGGCGUCGUGGGCAAGAAGAUGCCCCACUACUGUCUCUUUGGCGACACAGUGAACACCGCCUCGCGUCUGGAGACAACGGGCAUGCCUGGCAAAAUUCAUGUUUCGUCGGCCACAAAGGCCAUUCUGGACAAAUUUGGCACCUUUCAAUUGGAGCAUCGCGGCGAUGUGGAGCUGAAGGGCAAGGGCACUGUCACCACCUAUUGGCUCAAUAGCACCACGGAGGCAGAGGCACGUGCACCCACUCCGCCUCUGCUGAACAACGAUGAGGUGCCUUUUCCCUUGCUGUUCGCUGGCAUGGGCAAGUGAGCCAGCGCUGAGUGCUCUUUGCCCACUAACUCAAGUACAAAUCCAGCUUAGAAAUGUGGCUGAAAAGCAACACUUUUUGUUUGGCUUAAUUAUGUUGAUACUCUGUACUUUAAGUUAAG